AUGGCGCUCUACCUGCUCUUCGAGUCCGCCUCCGGGUACGCGCUCUUCCACGCGCACGGCAUCGACGAGAUUGGGCAGAGCGUCGACGCCGUCCGCUCCACCGUGCUGGACCUCAAGCGGUUCAGCAAGGCCGUCAAGCUCGCCGGGUUCACCCCCUUCCUCUCCGCCGUCGACGCCCUCAACCAGUGCAACGCCAUCUCCGAAGGGAUCAUGACUGACGAGCUUAGGAACUUCCUGGAGCUCAACCUGCCCAAGGUGAAGGAGGGGAAGAAGGCCAAGUUCACCGUCGGCGUCAUGGAGCCCAAGGUCGGGUCCCACAUCACCGAGGCCACCGGAAUCCCUUGCCAGUCCAACGACUAUGUCCAGGAACUGCUUCGUGCAGUGCGGCUGCAUUUCGAUCAAUUCAUUGAGCAACUCAAGCCAUCUGACCUGGAGAAGGCCCAGCUAGGUCUGGGACAUAGCUAUAGCAGGGCCAAGGUGAAGUUCAAUGUGAAUCGUGUGGAUAAUAUGGUGAUUCAAGCUAUCUUUCUGUUGGAUACACUUGAUAAGGAUGUCAAUUCCUUCUCUAUGAGAGUGAGGGAGUGGUAUGGAUGGCAUUUUCCUGAGCUGGUCAAGAUUGUGAAUGACAAUUACCUCUAUGCUAAGCUUGCCAAGUUUGUGGUAAACAAAUCUGACUUGUCGGAGAAGGACAUUCCAGCUUUAGCGGAUCUAAUUGGAGAUGAAGACAAGGCAAAAGAAAUUGUUGAGGCAGCAAAGGCAUCUAUGGGCCAGGAUCUUUCACCUGUUGAUUUGAUCAAUGUCCAACAGUUUGCUCAGAGGGUCAUGAAUCUAUCUGAGUACCGUAAAAAUCUCUAUGAGUAUCUGGUGACAAAGAUGAAUGAUAUUGCACCAAACCUGACGUCAUUGAUUGGUGAAAUGGUUGGAGCCCGGCUAAUCUCUCAUGCUGGCAGUCUUUCAAAUCUUGCAAAAUGCCCUGCAUCUACUCUGCAGAUACUGGGUGCUGAAAAGGCGCUCUUUAGAGCUCUCAAAACACGUGGAAACACACCAAAGUAUGGCCUCAUAUUCCACUCAUCUUUUAUUGGUCGUGCAUCAACCAAGAACAAGGGAAGGAUGGCCCGAUACCUUGCAAACAAAUGUUCCAUUGCUUCACGUAUUGACUGCUAUUCAGAUAUGAGUAGCUCCAUUUUCGGCGAGAAGCUGCGUGAACAAGUUGAGGAGAGGCUAGACUUCUAUGAUAAGGGUGUUGCACCCCGCAAGAACCUUGAUGUGAUGAAAGCUGCUAUUGAUGGCUUGACAAACACAGAGGAUAAUGACGGCAAAGAGAAUGGUGACGCAUCUGUGAAGAAAAGCAAGAAGAAGAAGUCCAAAGCUGAGGCUAACGGUGACGCGAUGGACGUUGAGAAUGCCACGGCAGAAGCUGAAACUGGAACCGAGAAGAAAAAGAAAAAGAAGCACAAGCUUGAGGAGCCGAAGGACGAGGAGAUGCAAGCCAAUGGCGAUGAUGAGACCCCUAAGAAGAAGAAAAAGAAGAACCGUGAAGCCGAGUCUGUUGAUCCUAAGACAGGCACAGAGGGGAAAUCCAAGAAAAAGAAGAAGAAAUCCAAGACUGACGACGACGAGUAG